AUGUUCCCGUCGGUCGAUACCGGGGCGAAGAAACAGGAAAAGGGAGAUGUCGUGGAGUUUCCUUCGACCUCGGAUCAGAGUUACGUCCCGUUGCCGCAGUUGGCGGCGCAAUUAGAACGCGCGGUGCUGGCGUCGUUCGCCGACGUCUUAUCGGCGGAGUGCGAGGUGGACUUUUCGAAUAACACGCUCGCUUCAUGCUCGGGAGAGGUGACGGAGGCGUUGGGGAGGAUGGUCGUGUACGCGUCCGCCGCGGAAGUCGCCGGGAGGUUCAGUAACAACUUGCGAAGUAAGGAGUUGUCGCGUCUUCGCACGGCGCUGUGGGAGUUGCGAGUGAUACUGGAACAGUCGUGCGAAGAGAUCGGCGGAUGCUCGGUAACGGUGCGGCAUCGCUUCGAGGCGCUUCGAAGCGCGUCGCUGGACUUGGUGCAUCCGCGAUUACGCGCGCCGAACGCGCCGAGCGGAACGGCGAUCCCAAACUUGCAAAUCGUCACCGAAGUUGGCGACGAGAGCGCUGCGGCGUAUUAUCGAGGAGGGCAGCCCACCGCGGAAGGUCGAGCUUGGCUGGUUCGCAACAACUUCAAAACUGUCAUCGAUUUGCGCGGGAGCGAUAGAGAUAACCAGUGGCUACAAGCGUUCGGGGGAGGCUCGGGCCAAGGGACGUUCGGCGCGAGCGCGCUCAACAUCGUACACAUACCGAUUCCCGACAUGGAGCCGCCGACGGAGGAGGAUGUGAAACGAUUCAUCGAGACUGUAAACGAUGACAAGAUGCGACCGAUCCUGGUGCACUGUAAAGCUGGAAUUGGACGGACCGGAUCACUCGUCGCGUGCUGGCGUGUGCACCAAGGAAUGGACGUCGACGAGGCGCUCUCGGCUGAAUCGCUCGUGUGCGACUUCGGAUCGAUCGCACAGGAGGCGUUUGUUCGCGAGUACGCCGCGAAGUUGAAUAACAAGACAUUCAACGGAGAAAAGUUUAUCGCGGAUCAUGAAUUCGAUAGUACUGCAAACGGGGAAGAAAUUGUCGUUGGCGAACACAGCUCUCUGACGGACGCUCCGGAUAUAAGAUUGGCUUUGGCCUGCUGCCAGAACUCAUAG